CCUCAUAUGAACUUCCGCUCAUACGUCGAAGCCCUCAAGCAAGACAACGACCUCGUGGAAAUCGACCGGGAAAUCGAUCCUAACCUUGAAUGCGGCGCUAUCAUCCGCAAGGUCUGCGAAACUGAUGACAAAACUCCCCUCUUCAAUAACCUUAAGGGAGCUCACAAUGGCCUCUGGCGUAUUCUCGGUGCUCCCAACUCUCUCCGAUCAGGCAAAGACAAGUACGGCCGACUUGCUCGUCAUCUGGCCCUCCCCCCAUCUUCCGGCAUGAAAGAGAUCUUGGAUAAGAUGCUCUGGGCAAAGAAUGCCCCACCGAUUCCCCCCAACGUUGUCAAGACUGGAGUGUGCAAGGAGAAUGUGCUGAAUGAGGGGGAGUUUGAUCUCACGAAGCUCCCGGUCCCUCUUCUGCACCAGGCUGAUGGCGGAAAGUACAUCCAGACUUAUGGUAUGCACGUUAUCUCCUCGCCAGAGAAGGACUGGACCAAUUGGUCAAUCGCCCGUGCUAUGGUUUACGACAAGGACCAUCUGGCUGGUUUGGUGAUCCCACCCCAGCAUGUCUGGCAGAUGCAGCAGAAGUGGAAGGCCAUUGACAAGGACGUGCCCUGGGCUCUGUGCUUCGGUGUUCCCCCUGCUGCUAUCAUGGCCUCUAGCAUGCCACUUCCGGACGGCUGUACUGAGGCUGGGUAUAUUGGCGCUAUGACUGGCCACGCGAUUGACGUGGUCAAGUGUGAGACGAAUGACCUGUAUGUCCCAGCUAACGCUGAGAUCGUUCUUGAGGGCACUAUGUCUAUUACGGAGACUGGUCCUGAGGGUCCAUUUGGCGAGAUGCAUGGUUACGUCUUUCCCGGUGAUUCUCACCCUUGCCCUCUCUACAAGGUGAACAAGAUCACCUACCGCAAUGGUGCUAUUCUCCCCGUCUCCAACUGCGGCCGCCUUACCGACGAGACUCAUACAAUGAUCGGACCCCUCGCCGCUGCCGAAAUCCACCAACUCUGCAAAGACGCCGGUCUUCCAGUCAAGGAAGCCAUGUCCCCCUUCGAAUCUCAAGUGACGUGGGUUGUUCUUCAAAUCGACGGCGCCAAGCUCCGACAAAUGAAGACCACCUCUGAGGAACUUUGUCGUAAGUUCGGUGACUUGAUUUUCACCCACAAGGCUGGCUACACUAUUCAUCGCCUCCUCCUUGUCGGUGAGGAUAUCGACGUGUAUGACUGGAAAGAUGUGAUCUGGGCUUUCUGCACACGUUGCCGGCCCAGUCUUGAUGAGUACUUCUACGAUGAUGUCCGCGGAUUUCCUCUCAUUCCGUACAUGGGCCAUGGAAGCGGUUCCCCUGUCCAGGGUGGCAAGGUUGUCUCUGACGCUUUGAUGCCUACUGAGUAUACAACUGGACCUAACUGGCAGGCUGCGGACUUCAAGAACUCAUACCCCGAGGACCUUCAGGCUAAGGUCAAUGCCGAGUGGGCCUCGAUGGGCUUCAAGGCUGAU